AUGAUCUCUUACAUAUCUGCCAUUGUUGCGGGUCUGUUGACUCAUCUGGGCGCCCAAUAUUAUGAGCCUACAGCACUUCAAGCCGUAUGCUGGGGAACUCUUGCCAAUACAGUUCUUGGUCUUCGAUUCUGGCUACUCUACACACAAUCAAUCGUACCUUUCCUCUUGCUUCUGAACGCCAUCUACUUGAUUACUCUCUAUACUUCGAUAUUUAUAUAUCGCACCUUCUUUCACAGGUUGCGGGCCUUUCCAGGUCCUUUCUGGGCUCGCGUUUCAAAACUCUGGACUUGCGAGAUACAUCUCCGUGGAGACUAUCAUCGAGAGACCGUCAGGCUUCAUCAAAAGUAUGGCGACAUUGUACGAGUUGCGCCCAACGAGCUUGAUAUCAACGAUGUAGAGGCCAUCAAAUUGAUUUACGGAAGUGGCAGCAAACUAUACAAAGGUCCCUGGUAUGACGGUCCAUCCGCUACUGGGGAAGCUCGAAGCAUUCAGGGGACGAAAGACCAUGGCAAGCAUCGUUUGAGGCGAAAGACCUGGGCACAAGGGAAUAGUGGAGCAGCAAUGAUCGAGUUUGAGCCUCUUAUGGUGCAGCAUCUCAAUGUCUUCAUCGAGCAGAUAAGGGCUCGUAAGGAAGUCGACAUUGCACACUGGUAUAACUUUCUCAGUUUCGAUAUAAUGGGAGAUCUAACCUUUGGUGUGCCAUUCGACAUGGUCAAGACGGGACAAACUCAUCAUUUCAUGGACACCAUUCAUAAGUUCAUGAAAGCUGUCUCUAUUCUAUCUGCAAUCCCGUGGCUUAAUUCACUUGCCAAUGCGUUGCCUACCGACAGCGCUGUCAAGGAUCUCGAAAAGUUCUCUCGAGACUGCUUCCAGAAUAGAAAGGCAAAAGGUUCAUCGCGCAAGGACCUCUUCUACUACCUUUUGGGAGAAGACCAGGAUGGAACCAAACUCACCGAGCUCGAGCUCAUCAUGGAUUCACGUACGGCUAUUGUUGGAGGCUCAGACACGACAUCUAUUGCGCUUGGUUGCCUUAUUUACUAUUUGGUUGCACAUCAGGACAAGUACAAGAGAUUGCAAGCAGAAGUUCUGGCGCAGGGAGAGCAAAUGGACAACAACUCACUAGGAAAUCUUCCAUAUCUCGGUGCGGUCAUCAAUGAGGCUCUGCGACUGAUGCCACCGGUUCCACAGGGGCUCCAACGAGUCGUACCGCCCGAGGGAAUGCAGCUAGCCGGCAAAUUUAUCCCUGGAAACACACUCGUCAGUGUCUCUCCCUGGACCGUCCAGCGAGAUCCCCGGAAUUGGGGCCGGCCGGAUGAGUUCAUACCUGAGCGUUGGCUUGGUGAAGGGCCGGAGCCAUGCAUUAAAGACGCUUGGAUCCCCUUUUCAAUUGGGGCCUAUGGAUGUGUGGGCAAGCCACUCGCGAUGAUGGAGCUGCGCGUCAUCACAGCCACAGUCGUCAAAAACUUUGACAUAUCCUUUGCCAAAGGGUUUGAUGCUGCAGCAUUUGAAGCCAGCGUGACCAAUGACUUUACAAUGACUCCACCGAGGGUGGAAGUGGUAUUGUCCCCCCGUUGA